AUGUUCUUCGUCCUCUGUCUUCUCUUCACCGGAGGAAUCUGUCCAAACGUCGCUGACGUUCCUGUCGUGAGGGUUCUGCAGAACUCUGUGGCCACGCUGCCGUGUCCUCACGCAGCCGGAGGCGUGUCCUGGAGUCGCCUCAGGAACGGACGCCACGUGAUUCUGGUCUCCGUCACAGACGGACUCGAGGACCGAGGAGACAAGCGCUGGGGCUCCCUGGCCGAUAACUCGCUGGUCAUCGCCGGCGUCCGGCCCUCUGACUCGGCUUGGUAUUUCUGCAACAGAAAACAAACGGUGUAUCUGGAGGUGACCACGGAUCCCAAAGGUCAGGAGGUCACACCAGGAAACGACGGACUGGGGUUUGUCCUGGAAACCGACCACGGGGACACAGACUCAGAGACCCGACCGUCCGACCUGUGGCGAGUCCCCGUGGGCGUGGCCGUGGGCGUGGCCGUCGGUGCAGCUCUGGUGCUCCUGGUCGUCACCGUGAGAUCGUGCUCAGGACGGACCGCAGAUGGAAACAGGGACCAGCCUGAAGCUGAGGGGGUCUACGAGGAGGUCGGACCACCUGGCGUAGAGACCGUGGUCAGCUGGUCCAGGGUCAGCGAGGCCACGGCGUCCAACAGGAACCUGUACAGCACGCUGAACAAGCCCAAGGUCAAAGGUCACUGCACUGACCCUGAGUGUGUGUAUUCAUUUGUCCAGAAUCCACCACAGACAGGAAACGGCUGUUCACGUGAAGGAUCCACACACGCGUCUGGAAACGGUGCCCGGCUGUGAUUGGACGAAAGGUUUCAAGAUUCAUCGUGAUGCAGAUCAUCUCUGUAGGACGACAAACGGGCCGCAACUCCUGAAUUCUAAAAUGGAAACUGAGCCGUGUUUUAUUUUCUCUUCGAUCUCAGGCACGUAGAAACCAAAAGAUCGGUUUCAUCCGAAGUCUGAAGCUAAGUGAUCGUACGACUUCAUGUUUACGUCUCCGACUGAAAAUGAUUUGAUUUUCUCGCAGACUUUGUUCAGUGAAGCAGUUUUUUUUAUAGUUUGGGAACAAACUCCCACCACAUAUAUAAAAAAUACCUUCUGUUGAUACUUUAAAUAAAUGUCAACCUUGUUUUUAUUUUUAUCUUAAUA